GGAAGUACCCGGCGCGAGGCGGAAGUGGAGCGUGCUGGGGUAGUGUCAGUCCUGGGAAGAAGGCCCGUGGGGUCCCGGUGGGCCUCAGGCGCUAAAAUGAAGGUGAAGAUGCUGAGCCGGAACCCGGACAAUUACAUCCGCGAAACCAAGUUGGACUUACAGAGAGUUCCAAGGAACUAUGAUCCUACCUUACAUCCUUUUGAGGUCUCAAGAGAAUACAUAAGAGCUUUAAAUGCUACAAAACUGGAACGUGUGUUUGCAAAACCGUUUCUUGCUUCCUUGGAUGGUCAUCGAGAUGGAGUCAAUUGCUUGGCAAAGCAUCCAAAGAGCUUGUCUACUGUCCUUUCUGGGGCUUGUGAUGGAGAGGUUAAAAUUUGGAACCUAACUAAGCGAAAAUGUAUCCGUACCAUUCAAGCACAUGAAGGUUUUGUACGAGGAAUAUGUACUCGAUUUUGUGGUACUUCAUUUUUUACUGUAAGUAUAAGACUUAAGUCAUUUAAGUCUUUUUAACGUGUGUAAGAAUGAUUUAAUUGGGGCUGGGAAGGUGGCUCAGUGGUAGAAGACCUAUCUAUAACAACCUCUUUGAUUUUAAAGACAGUAUACACUGGAAUUGAUCAUCACUGGAAAGAUCCUGCAUUUGCCACAUGUGGACAGCAAGUAGACAUUUGGGAUGAGCAAAGAGCCAAUCCUAUAUGUUCAAUGACUUGGGGAUUUGACAGCAUAAAUAGUGUUAAAUUUAACCCAAUUGAGACAUUUCUCUUGGGAAGUUGUGCUUCUGACAGGAAUAUAGUACUAUAUGAUAUGAGGCAAGCUACUCCUCUGAAAAAGGUUAUCUUAGAUAUGAGAACGAAUACAAUCUGUUGGAAUCCUAUGGAAGCUUUCAUUUUUACUGCAGCAAAUGAAGAUUACAACUUAUAUACAUUUGAUAUGCGUGCACUGAACACUCCAGUUAUGGUCCACUUAGAUCACGUAUCUGCAGUGCUUGAUGUGGACUACUCUCCCACUGGGAAAGAGUUUGUUUCUGCUAGUUUUGAUAAAUCUAUUCGAAUCUUUCCUGUUGACAAAAGUCGAAGCAGGGAAAUCUAUCACACAAAGCGAAUGCAACAUGUUAUCUGUGUAAAGUGGACUUCUGACAGCAAGUAUAUCAUGUGUGGAUCUGAUGAAAUGAACAUUCGUUUGUGGAAAGCUAAUGCUUCUGAAAAAUUGGGUGUGCUUACAAAGAGAGAAAAAGCAGCCAAUGAUUAUAACCAGAAGCUGAAGGAGAAAUUUCAGUAUCAUCCCCAUGUAAAACGUAUUGCUCGUCAUAGACAUCUACCAAAAUCUAUCUAUAGCCAGAUCCAGGAGCAACGUAUUAUGAAGGAAGCUCGUCGACGAAAGGAAGUGAAUCGUCGUAAACACAGCAAACCUGGAUCUGUGCCAAUUGUGUCAGAGAGAGAAAAGCAUGUAGUUGCAGUUGUGAAAUAGUAGUUGGUAGUCCUACCAAUCCUGAUAUGGAAUUAUUUGUUUCUAUUUACUUGAGAGCUCUAUAAAUAAAAGUAUUGACUUUAGUUUAAUAGU